CCUAAUCAACCCUAAUCUUUCGUCAGAAUGCCAAAUGUGUUCUCUUCCUCCAAUCGCCUGCCUCUCUCUAAUGCCGACGACCUCUAUGCUUCGAUCUCGAGCUGUUACUCUACUCCCGAGCCUCUAUAAGACCUUUUGACGUCGAUAUUUUUCUGAUGAGGAAACUCAUUUCUGAGCCUUCGAUUCUGAAGUGUCUACAUAUUGCAAAUAUGAUGCUUUUCUUAACUUUUUUGCCUUUCACUGGAAGUAAAAUAUUGGAAGAGUUGAUCAUAUAAAUUCAAAGAAAGAGCAUUUCUGAAUUUGUAUUUGUUACCACAUGGAGGACCACUCUUUUUUUGUUGGUCAGGAGUUUCCUGAUGUCAAAGCCUUCCGGAAUGCAAUUAAAGAAGCUGCAAUUGCACAACACUUUGAGCUGCGUAUUAUAAAAAGCGACCUGAUUCGCUACUUUGCAAAGUGUGCUGCAGAGGGUUGCCCAUGGCGCAUCCGUGCAGUUAAGCUUCCCAAUGCCCCAACAUUCACGAUAAGAAGCCUUGAAGGGUCACAUACCUGUGGGCGAAAUGCACAAAAUGGACACCAUCAGGCUUCUGUAGAUUGGAUUGUGAGUUUUAUAGAGGAACGAUUGCGGGAUAACAUUAAUUACAAACCAAAGGAUAUACUGCACGACAUCCAUAAACAAUAUGGGAUUACCAUACCAUAUAAGCAAGCUUGGCGAGCAAAAGAACGUGGGCUUGCAGCAAUUUACGGCUCUUCUGAGGAAGGAUAUUGUCUACUUCCUUCGUACUGUGCACAAAUAAAGAAGACUAACCCUGGGAGUAUUGCAGAGGUGUUUACAACUGGUGCUGAUAACCAGUUCCAUCGGCUUUUUGUUUCGUUUUAUCCAUCCAUAUAUGGGUUCCUGAAUGGUUGCUUACCUGUCAUUGGGCUUGGUGCAAUCCAGCUUAAAAGCAAGUACCUGGGUACCUUACUUUCAGCAACUUCUUUUGAUGCUGAUGGCGGGUUAUUUCCACUUGCAUUUGGUGUUGUUGAUGCAGAAAAUGAUGAGAAUUGGAUGUGGUUCUUCUCAGAGUUGCACAAGGCACUAGAGAUGAACAAUGGAAGUGUACUACAGCUCACAUUUUUGUCAAAUGGGCAAAAAGGAAUUGUAGAUGCGGUAAGAAGGAAAUUCCCAAAUUCUUCUCAUGCAUAUUGUAUGCGCCACUUGACUGAAAGCAUUGGCAAAGACUUUAAGAACUCAAGGCUUGUCCAUCUUCUGUGGAAAGCUGCAUAUGCCACCACCACCAUUGGUUUCAAACAAAAAAUGGCUGAAAUUGAGGAGGUUUCUCCUGAAGCAGCAAAGUGGAUACAACAGUUUCCUCCUUCCCACUGGGCAUUAGUAUACUUUGAAGGAACUAGGUAUGGUCAUCUCUCUUCAAAUAUAGAAGAGUUCAAUAGAUGGAUUCUCGAAGCUCGAGAGUUGCCUGUAAUCCAGGUGAUUGAGAGGAUUCACAGUAAAUUGAUGGUUGAGUUUGAGGAUCGACGUAUACAGUGCAGUUCAUGGUUUUCUACGCUUGCCCCAUCUGCUGAGAAGCGUAUGGUUGAAGCUGUCGACUGUGCUUCCACAUAUCAAGUCCUUCGGUCAGAUGAAGUUGAAUUUGAGGUUAUAUCUUCCGAGCGAUCUGACAUUGUGAAUAUUGGGACCCAUUGUUGUUCAUGCCGUGAUUGGCAGCUUUAUGGAAUACCAUGCUCACAUGCUGUUGCGGCCCUCAUCUCCUGUCGAAAGGAUAUAUAUGCUUUUACAGAGAAGUGUUUCACCGUUGCUAGUUAUCGUGAGACAUAUGCAGAGGAGAUACGCCCUAUCCCUGGAAAACUUGAAUGGAGAAGGGCAGAUGGGGCUCCCGUGGACAGUGAUACUGAAGUUGUGCGGCCACCAAAAUUUCGUCGACCGCCAGGACGCCCGGAAAAGAAACGAAUUUGUGUAGAGGACCUUAAUCGCGAGAAACACACUGUCCAUUGUAGUCGAUGUAACCAAACGGGACAUUAUAAGACAACUUGCAAAGCAGAUGGUAUGAAGGGUAUUGAACAGUUUUAGGUAUUUAAUUUUGUACUUUACACAUCACAUUGUGUUCUCCGAGUAAUGUAGUGUUGCUGUAUGUAGGCCAUACUUAAAUCAUUCAGGUCAUGUACUAUAUAGUAGAUCUCAUAGUAUUGCCGAAUGUAAGUUAACGUGGAAUGACUUUUCAGGAAAGGUAAAUAUUCGUUCAUUGUUAAUA